ACGGGAUUUGGAAUUUUGUACAUUUGGAGUUCAUCAUUGGUUAACUUUAUAUUAACUUCAUAACUUCGUUAAUUGUAUCAUCGCGUCUGGAAUUAUAAUGCCGAAUGCUAAGCAGAAGUCCAAGCGGACAACUGUCGACCAGGCCGGGUCCUCACGUCCACGGAGAACUGCAACUGCAACAGCUCCGCCUUCCCAGCCCGGAUCAGAGCCUCUCGUCCAGGCACCGCAGCCGAACGCCGGAGUGGAGCAGCGGGGACCUGGUCCAUCCGCAAGUUGCCAGUCACAUACGAUUCUGCUCAUAGGCGAUUCCAUGAUCCACUGGUUAGCCGCCUUCGCGCAUCGUAAGGGAAAACAAGGUUUGGGGUCGGCAGCCAACGUCGUUUGGAGAGGAAGGAGGGGCCUUAAGCUAGGUCAACUAAGUGGACAUGUCCAACGGGUGCUGCCCGGUUCCUCUCCGUCGCACCUAGUUCUGUACGUGGGGACGAACGACGUCGGGCAAGCUAAAAAACACGAAUUGUUCUUGCUUUUGGAUACAACGCUCGGACGAUUGCACGAACAUUUCCCCAAUGCCCGCAUGAUUUGGUCGGAUAUUUUGCCGCGCAGGACCUACAGCGGCUUCAGUAAAGACGAGCAGCUCAAAAUUGAUCGGACGCGGCGAGCUCUAAACAAGCACGCCAGGCGCAUAUGCCGCACGAUCGGGGGCAGUGCUUUGACUCACCUGGGCAUCAGGCACGAGCGGCGCGAGCUGUUUAGGAGAGAUGGUAUUCAUCUCUCCGAGACCGGAAAUAAUAUGUUUCUUCAUAGCCUUAUUAAGGGGUUGGAAAACAUGGCAUAGAUUUUCGUGGAGUUUUUUGUUAUUCAAGUCAUAAUGAAACGUAGUAAUCACGUUUGUUUCGGGUAAUUGGUCUAUUUUUAUUUAGCUCAAGCUUUGUAAUUACAAAACUCGUACGUUAUAGCAAAAGAGACUUAUCAGGCUAGUGGUUUUUAUUAAGAUGUUAAGUUGAUUUAAUUAAUGUAUAUAUAUAUAUAUAUAUAUACAGUAUAUAUUUCCCCAUUUUGAUGUUUAAAGGUAGUUAUUAGGUUUCGGGUAAUUGGUUUAUUUAGCUCGAGCUUUAAAAGC